AUGUCGCUGCCCAGGGCCACCAAAAAGCACAAGACGGCACUCUUCAAAAAACUCGCCGAGCUCGGGCCCAAGGAGUCGUUGCACAACAAGCUCCCGCAGGUGUACGGCGUGCUGCAGCAGGCCCAGUACGCAGCAGCCGGCUUCCUGGACUUCACAUUCAAGGUGUUUCUGCGCAAAAAUAAUCCGUACUACAACCAUUUGUUCUUCACUUACGUCGAGCAGAAGACGCCCGAUCUCGCGCGCGGAUACAAGAUCCGCGGCUUUCUUUUGCACGGCAGCUACGAGAUGGCCGUUCGGGAGUUCCGCAGCGCCGAAUUCUUCGCGGACCCGCGGGCUGUCGAGAGAUUGCAUGCGAUCACGCUGCUGAUCGAGGCGAGUAACAGAAACGACACCGAGACAGUCCUGUUUAUUUUGCGAAAGCUGCCGUCGACGAUGCUCACGCCGCUGAACUACGCGAGUCUGGCCGCCACCGCGCUCAAGAACUCCAACUACGACGUCGUCGCGGCCGUGUAUCCAGACAUAGCACGCACAGAGUUCACGAGCGAGUUUUUGCUUGACCUGUGCCGACUUUUCGUGGAAAACAAGGACCUAGAGCGAGCAUUCGAUGUGGUUCUGAAGGUGCGCGAUCAGGAGGCGCAGGUGCCCGUGGCGACGACGGCGGCGGCCUUGCUGGGACCCACAUAUAGCUGGGAAUUCCUCGACAAGCUGGAAAUCCCCAUCUCAUACGACGAGCUCGCGCCCAAAAUGUUCCAGGACAAGCUGUUUGCGAGAAACAACUACGAGGAGAUAGAAGAGCAUUUUAACGAGAUUAGCGGGCUCAAGCCGCGGACCGUGCAGCUGGCCCUGUACGCUGCGCUGCGCUCGAUAUAUUUCUGCGGCCAUUUUGGUAGCAUGAUUUUUGUGCUGCGUUACGUGGUCGGGAACAAUUUGCAGCACCUGCUCGAGGACCGCCAUUUCCACGUCCUAUUUGAGGGGGCGGCGAAGCACGCUGCUAAACUGUGCAGCUUGAACAUUCUGGAGCUGGCCGCACGGCUGAAUAUUCCGCUGUCCGAUAAAGACGUGCUGGCUCUUCUGCAGUGCCACGCGAGCGGCACAGAGCACGAGACGCUGUAUCUUGCAAUUGCAGAGAUCAGAAAGCGCCGGGAGCUGCCAGACAACUGCGUCGAGUACCUCAGACACGUGUCGGUGAGCACGAACGACCAGAAACUGAAGCUGGUUGCAGAAAGACCAGAAAUGCAGAUGAUCGUGCCGCUCGAGCACAUACAAAGCACGCUGGACAGCCAAGAGCACCGCACAGCGCUUGUCCACGAGCGCUUGCCCGACCACCCGGAGUACUUUUACGCGACGGACUACGGUAACUCGCAAUGGGUGAUAUAG